AUGUACCGCCUCCUCUCACGCCACCACCAUCGUCAUCAUGGCCGUAUGUUGCCAUUGAUAUCCCGUGGUUAUAUCCUACCGUCGCAGACGACGUCAAUACUUCAUUCCAACCCGCAGCUUAAGCUUCAAGUCCGUCGCAAUGGCACAGUAGCAGCAUCUCCAAAUGGAGGAACCACAGGAGGAGGAGGAGGAGGAGAAGGCAGUGGAGGAAGUGGAGGAGCUACCCCAGAAGACGACCUCCCAUGGUACCACCCCCGCUGGCGCCGAGCUCUAACCUCCCUCAUAAUCGGUAUAAAGCUCCUAGCAUUCACCCACCUGGUAGUCUCCAAAGUCUUCAUAAUCAGCCAGUGCGAAGGUCCCUCCAUGCUACCGACCUUACCAACCUCUGGCUCCGUCAUCGUGAACAACCUACAUUCUAGAGGAAGAUGUAUCAAAGUCGGUGACUUGAUUGCAGCUCACAGGCCAGAUGAUAUGGAUGUUAUGCUAUUGAAGAGGGUUAUCGGUAUGCCUGGGGAUUAUGUAGUUACCGAUCCUAUGGCUGCUGGGAGCGGGGAGGAGACUAUGAUGGUUAAGGUCCCUGAGGGACAUUGCUGGAUUGCUGGGGAUAAUUUGUCCCAUUCGAUUGAUUCGAGGUUUUAUGGACCUGUGCCGUUGGCGUUGGUUAUGGGGAAAGUGGUGGCACAGGUUGCGGGGGGUAGGAGGUGGUUUUCGGGACCUUUUACUGAGGUUUCGAAGGACGAGUGA